CUGCGGGUAGCCAGAGGCUGGGGCGGCAGGGGAGCCUAGGGUGGAGAGGCGGUGUGAGGGGGCGAAAGGUGAGCCGAGCUGAAGGAGGGGACGCGCAACCGGGCGCCCCCAGUUUAUGGAUCGGGGUAAGAUGGCGGAGGCAGAAAGCCUGGAGACAGCGGCGGAGCACGAGCGGAUCCUGCGAGAGAUCGAGAGCACCGACACGGCCUGCAUCGGGCCCACGCUCAGGUCUGUCUAUGAUGGUGAGGAACAUGGAAGAUUUAUGGAGAAGCUUGAAACUCGCAUCCGCAAUCAUGACCGAGAAAUUGAGAAAAUGUGCAACUUUCAUUACCAGGGCUUUGUGGACUCUAUAACUGAAUUGCUGAAAGUGAGAGGAGAAGCCCAGAAACUCAAAAAUCAAGUGACGGAUACUAAUAGAAAACUUCAGCAUGAGGGAAAGGAACUGGUGAUAGCAAUGGAAGAGCUGAAGCAGUGUCGACUGCAACAGAGAAAUAUUUCUGCCACUGUUGAUAAAUUAAUGCUGUGUCUUCCAGUCCUGGAGAUGUACAGCAAACUGAGGGAUCAGAUGAAGACUAAAAGGCAUUAUCCUGCAUUGAAAACCCUGGAACAUCUAGAGCAUACGUAUCUGCCUCAAGUAAGCCAUUAUCGAUUCUGCAAGGUGAUGGUGGACAACAUCCCCAAGCUAAGAGAAGAAAUAAAGGAUGUUUCUAUGUCUGAUCUCAAAGACUUUUUGGAGAGCAUCCGCAAACAUUCAGACAAAAUUGGAGAAACUGCCAUGAAGCAAGCCCAACAACAAAGAAACCUGGAUAACAUCAUCUCGCAACAACCCAGAAUAGGUAGCAAGAGAAAAUCUAAGAAAGAUGCAUACACAAUUUUUGAGACAGAGGUAGAAAGCACUAGUCCCAAGUCGGAACAGGAUUCAGGAAUUCUGGAUGUUGAAGAUGAGGAAGAUGAUGAAGAGGUUCCUGGAGCUCAAGAUUUGGUGGAUUUCUCUCCUGUUUAUCGGUGUCUACACAUAUAUUCUGUACUGGGUGCUCGGGAAACAUUCGAGAACUACUACCGAAAACAGAGGCGAAAACAGGCCCGUUUGGUGCUCCAGCCUCCAUCUAACAUGCAUGAAACUUUAGAUGGCUACAGGAAGUACUUUAAUCAAAUUGUAGGGUUUUUUGUGGUUGAAGAUCAUAUUUUACAUACAACCCAGGGCUUAGUAAAUAGAGCAUACAUUGACGAACUAUGGGAAAUGGCACUUUCAAAAACCAUCGCAGCACUCCGUACCCACUCGUCUUACUGCUCUGAUCCAAACCUCGUGUUAGAUUUGAAGAACCUCAUAGUGCUUUUUGCUGAUACUCUUCAGGUGUAUGGCUUUCCUGUAAAUCAGCUUUUUGACAUGCUGUUAGAAAUCAGAGACCAAUAUAGUGAAACUCUGCUGAAGAAGUGGGCAGGUAUUUUCAGAAACAUACUGGAUUCUGACAACUACAGUCCUAUACCAGUGACAAGUGAAGAGAUUUAUAAAAAGGUAGUAGGACAGUUCCCAUUCCAAGACAUAGAACUGGAAAAGCAGCCAUUUCCAAAAAAGUUUCCUUUCUCUGAAUUUGUGCCAAAAGUUUACAACCAAAUUAAAGAAUUUAUAUACGCCUGCCUGAAGUUCUCUGAAGAUCUUCAUCUAAGCUCAACUGAAGUUGAUGACAUGAUUCGUAAAUCUACAAACCUCUUGUUGACCAGGACUCUGAGCAACUCUUUGCAAAAUGUCAUUAAAAGGAAGAAUAUUGGACUUACUGAGCUUGUCCAGAUUAUCAUCAAUACAACACACUUGGAGAAAUCCUGUAAGUACUUGGAAGAAUUCAUCACCAAUAUCACUAAUGUGCUUCCAGAGACCGUCCACACCACUAAGCUGUAUGGAACCACAACUUUUAAGGAUGCCAGGCAUGCAGCUGAAGAAGAGAUUUAUACCAACUUAAACCAGAAGAUUGAUCAGUUUCUACAGCUGGCAGACUAUGACUGGAUGACAGGAGAUUUGGGCAACAAAGCUAGCGAUUACCUGGUAGACCUCAUUGCCUUCCUGCGUAGCACUUUUGCUGUCUUCACACACCUUCCAGGAAAGGUGGCCCAGACAGCAUGUAUGUCAGCUUGCAAGCAUUUAGCCACAUCCUUGAUGCAACUUUUGCUGGAAGCUGAAGUAAGGCAGCUCACCUUGGGAGCAUUACAGCAGUUCAACCUGGAUGUCAGAGAAUGUGAACAGUUUGCCAGAUCCGGCCCGGUGCCUGGGUUCCAGGAGGACACGCUGCAGUUGGCCUUCAUCGACUUGAGACAACUUUUGGAUCUCUUCAUCCAGUGGGAUUGGUCGACCUACCUUGCAGACUAUGGCCAACCCAACUGCAAGUACCUGCGGGUAAACCCAGUGACAGCUCUGACCCUGCUUGAGAAGAUAUCUAGAGAGAUGAAGGACACUAGCCGCAAGAACAACAUGUUUGCACAGUUUCGGAAAAAUGAGCGAGACAAGCAGAAACUGAUUGACACUGUGGCCAAGCAGCUCCGGGGACUCAUCAGCAGCCACCACUCGUGAAGGCAGCCUCGGGCCCAUGGAGGCUGCUCACUGAAGUGCCCGAGUCCAGGACCCAGUCCUGGCUGGCCCGGCAUUUGUGCAUUCUUCCUCAAAGAGAGCAUAUGUAUUUUUUUAUUAACCCCUGUACAGUAUUCAUAUAACCUUUCCCUAUAGUAAAAGCUAUAGAAUAAGCAAGUACAUGAAACGUUGCUAGGCUGGGGCACAGGGAAAGUAAUUACUACACUGUAUUAUGGUAGGGGUGGUGGCAUCAGUGAUCCCAGUGUGAUGAGCCACCUUUCCUCCACAUCUCCAGUGCUUAGGUCUGCGGCUCGGAAACUACCAGACAAAGUGGGUCCUUGCCACUGGGAGGUAAGGUGAGUUGCAAAAGGAUAACGAAGGAUACCCUUCUUACUCUCAUUUACCAUUUAAAGCAAGGACAGGAAGACCUGGCAAAUAUUUUUAUUUAGUACACUAAAGACCAACAACCCAGUUCUGGGGGUUCAUCUCCUCAGUGCACUGAAUUUCAUUGGCUGGUGAACAAGCAUGGCAUGUGGCAAGAUGAUAGCUUCACUCCAGUCCCCAAAGGAUGGUAGUUUGCUUAGCCUACAACUGACCCAGGGCUUUUACUGUUAAUUUUUCUUAGGCAGUAGGAAUAUUUGGGCCCUCUGACUGAUUCCAGGUUGCCCCCAUACCAGGAGUGUUGUGUCUCAGCCUAAGGAGUUUUACUGGAUCUUGAAAGCUAGUGUUAAUGGAAUCCAAGCUUCAGUCCCUUCUCCAUUCAUCUCAUUUUCUUCUUUCAGGGUCAGGGGACUUGGAUCAGGACAUAGGUUAGCAGUUAUUUCCAUAGGUCCUCAAAGAGUCCCAGAUUUGGCCUCUUCCAGCAAUGCCAUUGGGAUAGGUCAGAUCCCUGAAGCCUAAAAAUGGCCCUUGCUUUACCCUUAGAGCUGAGGAUCAUUUAAGAGUAUUUCUUCAUUUUUUAAAACCAGCUCUCUGGCCACCAUCUUUAAAGGAAAGGUCACCAGCUCUGCAGUGUAGGGGCAGCCACAACUGGACUGGAUGCCUCUAGGGAUGGAGCCACUCACCAUGAAGUAGGCAGGACCAACCGUGGCUGGUGCUCUGUUGCCUCUGGCCCAGCCAUCUCUCACUAAAUCAUGCCCUGGAUAUGAAGCUCUUCUUGCUCAAGCCCAAGGUAUCCAUCCCCUCAUGAGGUAGGUCCCCAGAGCCAUCUUUUGGCCUCGGCUGAGAAAGAUUGUUUGUAGCCCUAGAACCCCCAACUCUGGAGUUUGCACAGGGAGCCUGGACCAGCUUAGCUUGGAGGGUGUGUUCACUGUCCCAGAUGGACUCCUGAGACUUAAUGCAAGGGCUUUGCUGAGAGGCCAGGCAGAGGAACCUGUGCUUUAAAAUACUUCAGAAAGAUGCUGCAGUGGCUGCUGGCAAGAUUAUAAUUGUGCAUCACCAAACAGUGACAAAUAAGCCACACUGGCAUUUCCAGCUUGGAUUAGUGGGAGGAGAGACUCAUCAAACAGAAUAAACAGAAUUCUUCACUACCUUUACCAGCUACCGAGUUGCUUCUGGGAAGGGCAGUGCUUCCUCUUUCAUUCCCCACCCCAUUCCCCUCCAUGUCCUCUACCAACUUGAAAACCAUGGGGAAGAGAAGAUGCACACAGACAUAGAGUCCUCCUUGAAGCUGGAGAGACCAGGCUGAAUCAGAGCUUUGCAGAGACCUGCUGAGGCUCAUCCUGAAGGCUAGACAGUUGGCCCAGGGUCCUAGGAUGGGGAUCAGGGUUGAGAGCUGCCACCCAGAGCUCCAUAAGCCAAGGAAAGGCUGAGGACCAUGGAAGGAAGAUCCAAGAUAUCAUCUCCCAAGCCCUGGACAUUGUUGAAAGGAGUGAGAAAUGCUAUUCCAACCGGAAGUCCUAUGCUUGAGAAGGGCCAAACCCCCUCAUUCAUUAGUCCCCAGUUUGGGGCAGGAUCUCUUCAGCUUUGAGUGAGACAUUGAAGUGGGAAUGAAAAGAACCUUAAGCAUGUCACAGUUUUAGUCUUUUUAGACAGUCGUCAUUGCUCGUCUGGAAGAAGUAUGCUGUAGAGGAAAAAGUGAGCAGGGUAGAAGAAUGGGGGUUGCUCUGCACAGAGUACUCUAUAUUCUGGAACAUGAAAAUUCCUCUAAAGGAAGAGCUUAUUCAAACUCAAGAUUCAAAGAUGGACCCUUUGGUGUAUCUCCUCUUCUCUUUCAGUCUGCCUUCUCUCUUCUCUAACAGAAAACAACAAGCUGCUACCCAUUUGUAGGCAAAGACACUCUUGGUGGGCAAGGGGAAAGUAAAAACAGGGACCUGCAAUGUCAAAGUUAAGUUGUGAGUUGGGACUUUUUAAAGUCCUCUGUCUAUAACCUUGUAGCUGGACCAGCCCUUGAGAGGACUUUUUCAAAGCUUGUGUGCCCAGGCCCCUCAGACUCCUGAGAUCUGGCCUCACAUGUCCGGAGAUGUAAAAGUACCCUGGAGGAUGUCAGCAAGGAGGUGAGAGUGGCUAGAUGCCUACCUGCCACCUGGCUACUAUGAAUCCUCAGACGAGUUCCUACAGAAACUAGGCCCAUGUUCGUGGAGGGACAGUCUGGUUUGGGACCCUAGCAGGUUUCAGUAGUAACAUGGGCAUCCUGCAGAGUUUUAACAUUCAAAGGAAAAUCUCUUUGAGCAGACUGUAAAAGAAGCUGUUGUGGGGGGAGAAGAACAGAACCUGGAGGUUAGAACUAGUAGAGAGUCCCUGUUGGCAAAAGGAAUGGACAGUUUUCAGGGAGUGCUCACCAGUGUUUUCAUUGCACACCAAGCCUAACAGCCUCCCAGGCCUCAGAGUCAGCCUAGCUUCACUGCAUACUUGACAAGUGCUUUCUCAAGCACCUUUGUUCCCCAAGACUGUCAUUGGCCAUGACCUCCCUCCUAAGGCCUCUGAGCACACUCCUUGGGGCCUGCUGCAAAAAUCCCCCCACCUUGGCCUCCCUUCUCCCAGGACGCUGCUCCUGGCUGCUUUGAUUCUCUCUCUCCCUCUAUCUAUCUAUCUAUAUCUAUCUCUGUCUCUCUCUUUUGCCUAUUUUCACAAUUAUUUUUCACUAAUGUGUUGGAAAAAGGCCUUUUUAUUUUGCACAAAUGUUGCACAUAUAUGGAGGAAGUUUAGGAAAGUCCAUUUUUAACUCUAAAGGGAAAUUUUUCUUUAAAACUCACUAGUAAAGCUACUGAUGCAGAUGGGCUGCAUGGUUAGUGGAAAACCUGUGUGGAAAGAGCAUGUUUAUUUCCCCUGUAUAUUUUCCUCUUUUAACUGCUAUUAAACAAGAGAGUCUAUGUACCCAUUUAAAAAGCCAUA